AUGAUGGCGUGCAGAAACGCAGUACGGGCUUUAUCAAACAUGUUCGAUGUAUCCUUGAAACCGAAAUGUCUCGACGUGAGCAAGUGCGCCGCUAUUGUCGUGAGAAGGAUCCGGGCGAAGAGGAGCGGAGUGCCAAGUUGUCGGAGGUUAUUCAUCAUGACGGGAUUUCGUGUGAACUUGGUCACUGUUAUCUAUCGAUAA